AUGGGCACCGGCUUUCCAAUAACCGAGAAGUCGAGGACGACGAUUGUCUUUCAGGAAACCGGCUCCUCCUCGAAUGGUUUCCGCUUAUCCGCGUCCGGUAUUCGUAUGCAGACCUUUGAGACCUUGUCGACAUACAGCACGAGGGACUUUUCCCCCGCAGAACUUUGUAGUGUCUACGACAAGCGACUUGGUGUCUCGAUUUUCAACUCGUUAGAUUUUGAACACUCGAGAAUCGUCGCCAUGGGUUUCGAUCUCAAGGAUAAAGUUGCCAUCGUCACCGGGUCCUCCUCUGGGAUGGGCUUCGAGACAACCAAGCUGCUUCUGGAGCUUGGAGCCACCGUGUACGGGUUCGACAUUGACAAAGCUCCCGACUUAUUCGUAGCAAACCCCAAGUUCAAGUCCCAUCAGGGAGACAUUGCGCAGCCAGGCACGCCCAAGGCAAUCGUGGACGGCGCGGUGGCCGCCUUCGGCCGCAUCGACAUCCUGUGCAACGUCGCAGGCAUCUCUGACACUUUUAACGGGUUGGACACCCUCGAAGAGCAAGCGUGGCAUAGGCAGCUGGGUGUCAAUCUAACCGGUCCAACGUGGCUCUGCAAGGCGGUAGUGGAUGUUUUCCGGAAGCAGGGAGGAGGAGGCGCCAUUGUCAAUGUUUCUAGCAAGGCUGGCACCAGUGGAGCGAUCUGUGGAGUGGCGUAUACGGCGGCUAAGCAUGGUCUGGUGGGUGUGACCAAGAAUAUUGCCUGGCGGUACCACGAAGAGGGCAUCCGGUGUAACGCCAUCUGUCCUGGAGGUUAUGUCUCGGGUAUUAAAAGCAAGAUGGACUUUAGCAAGCUCGACCACGAGGCUAUGAAAGUCUACGGCAAAGUUCAAGAGCUCCAUCUCAAGGGUGCUUUGGACGUGACGGCUCCUCCUGACCGGCCUGCCAGGUUGAUGGCUUUUCUGGUUUCGGAUUGGGCCAUAGACAUCAAUGGUGCCAUUAUCCCCAUUGAUAAUGCCUGGUCCACCAUUUAA